AUGAAGAACGUUGUUCGCCGCAAGUUGACUGGCUACGUCGGUUUUGCCAACCUGCCCAACCAAUGGCACCGUAAAAGUGUUCGCAAGGGAUUCAACUUCAACGUGAUGGUUGUUGGUGAAUCUGGUCUCGGAAAGUCGACCCUUGUCAACACUCUCUUUAACACCUCUCUUUACCCCCCUAAGGAGCGCACCGGCCCUAGCCACGACAUCAUCCCGAAGACUGUGGCCAUCCAGUCUAUCAGCGCAGACAUUGAAGAGAACGGCGUUCGUCUUCGCCUGACCGUGGUUGACACCCCGGGAUUCGGUGAUUUCGUGAACAACGACGAUUCGUGGCGCCCUAUUGUAGAGAACAUUGAGCAGCGAUACGAUGCCUACCUGGAGGCUGAGAACAAGGUCAACCGCACUAACAUUGUUGACAACCGUAUCCACGCCUGUGUCUACUUCAUCCAGCCCACCGGCCACUCCCUUAAGCCUCUGGACAUUGAGGUCAUGCGCCGGUUGCACACCAAGGUCAACCUGAUCCCUGUGAUCGCCAAGGCCGAUACCUUGACGGACGAGGAGAUUGCUCAGUUUAAGCAGAGAAUCCUUGCCGAUAUCCAACACCACUCCAUCCAGAUCUUUGAGGGCCCCCGCUACGAACUCGACGACGAAGAAACCAUCGCCGAGAACCAGGAGAUCAUGUCGAAGGUCCCCUUCGCUGUGGUCGGUGCCAACGCUGAGGUCGCCACUGCUGACGGCCGUAAGGUCCGAGGCCGUAGUUACCCAUGGGGUACCAUCGAGGUCGACAACGAGGAACACUGUGACUUUGUCAAGCUGCGCCAGAUGUUGAUCCGCACCCACAUGGAAGAGCUCAAGGAACACACCAACAACCACCUGUACGAGAACUACCGCUCCGACAAGCUGACCCAGAUGGGUGUCGCCCAGGACCCGAGCGUGUUCAAGGAAGUCAACCCGGCCGUCAAGCAGGAGGAAGAGCGUGCCCUGCACGAGCAGAAGCUCGCCAAGAUGGAGGCAGAGAUGAAGAUGGUCUUCCAACAGAAGGUGGCCGAGAAAGAGAGCAAGCUGAAACAGAGCGAAGACGAACUAUACGCUCGACAUCGCGAGAUGAAGGAUCAACUGGAGCGGCAACGCCAGGAACUGGACGAGAAGAAGAGUCGCCUCGAAAGUGGUCGACCGAUCGAAGAGAAGGGCAAGCGAAAGGGCUUCUCUCUUCGUUAG